CAGUACACAGCACCUACAACCACUCUAUUUAUAUGUCUUUAUUACUGUAUCUGUAACGGCACCACCACCGCCAUGAUGGGUUACGACGACAAUUCGUUGUACGAUCUGGAGUUCCGAUCGACGUUGGACGACGCUUGGUACAGCGUCCGAGUCGUACUCUCCGACGACGACACUCUCGUCGUCAAGUUCUGGAACUUCUCCGAAUCCACCGACGAGAGCUUCGGAGUUGGCGAUUUUAAGACGAUCGAGGCCGUCGAGGAGUUCGUUCGGAGGUUUCGGCUUCCAUCGCAGCAGUUGCAGGACAGCCAGUGCUCGAGACUCGUCGAAGGAAUUGGUGUGUGUGCCUCUUUCACUUUCAGAGACGAUGACAUUCGCUUCUACGACGCCGUUGUCGAGGCGGUGAGUUUUGAUUUCACGCCAGAGCUUUCUUUGUUUGGCUUCUGGUAAACAAAAAGCUGAAAAUUUGUAG